GUGAAGGCGGGGUUUCUAGACGGCCCGGCCCGGCCCGUAGGCUUCCAGGGGCGGGACUUCCUGUCGAGCAACCCCGUUACCUCCGGAAAAGCCGAGACUUCGACCCCGGCAGUUGAGCAUCGCGGUGCGCUCACGCGAGAAGAUGUCAGACCCUUGGCAGGAGUGCAUGGACUAUGCGGUGACCCUCGCAAGACGAGCUGGAGAGAUGAUUCGGGAAGCUCUGAAAAAUGAGAUGAAUGUCAUGAUUAAAAGUUCUCCAGCUGACUUGGUAACAGUCACCGACCAGAAAGUUGAAAAGAUGCUCCUCUCUUCUAUAAAGGAAAAGUACCCAUCUCACAGUUUCAUUGGGGAAGAAUCUGUGGCAGCUGGGGAGAAGACUGUCUUCACAGACAAGCCCACGUGGAUCAUUGACCCUAUUGAUGGAACGACAAACUUUGUACAUAGGUUUCCCUUUGUAGCUGUUUCAAUUGGCUUCGUUGUAAAUAAACAGAUGGAGUUUGGAGUUGUGUAUAGCUGUGUGGAAGACAAGAUGUAUACUGGCAGGAAAGGAAAAGGAGCCUUUUGUAACGGUCAGAGGCUUCAGGUCUCCCAACAGGAAGACAUUACCAAAUCACUCUUGGUGACUGAGUUGGGCUCAUCCAGGAAGCCAGAGACUUUACGCACUGUCCUCUCCAACAUGGAAAAGCUUUGCUCCAUUCCCAUCCAUGGCAUCCGGAGUGUUGGAACAGCUGCUGUUAAUAUGUGCCUUGUGGCAACUGGAGGAGCAGAUGCAUAUUAUGAAAUGGGAAUUCACUGCUGGGACAUGGCAGGAGCCGGCAUCAUUGUCACCGAAGCUGGUGGAGUGCUGAUGGAUGUGACAGGUGGACCAUUUGAUUUGAUGUCGCGGAGAAUAAUUGCUGCAAACAAUAAAGCAUUAGCUGAAAGAAUAGCCAAAGAAAUUGAGGUAAUACCUUUACAAAGAGACGACGAAAGUUAGCUGGCACUCCGUCACACGUGCUGGCCCUGCUGUUUGAAAUGUAUGACAUGUCUGAGGUCACUGAUUUCAAUUUGUCUUUGAGGUCCUGAUUUGAAAAUGGGAACAUGUUUUAAAGAUGGCUUAUGCAAAAUUAGAUGGAAUAUUUGACUGUUGAAAGAAAAUUUGCAUGUAAGACUGUCUUGGAGAAAAUACACAGGAAGCAUAAUUAAUGAGCUAGCCAUUGAAUAACCACCAGUCCCCAUGACCCCCUUAGAUUUUAAUAUACUAUUUAUAUGCACAAUUCUCAAUUAGAAAGUUUUCUUUUUUGUAAAAGUGUUUUUCUUUGUUCUAAAAGCCAUACUUAAUUAAGUUUGUAAGACUAUAACAAGCAGAGAGCCCUCUUGUUUUAGUGAUCAGUAUAAUUCUACACCUGGCACAGUACCUGACAAACAGUAGGUGGUCUAAAACGACCACCUUACAGUGAGUCCCAGAAGCUGCAGUUCCUGCUCCUCAUGGGUACAUAAUGAGAUGACCGUUAUGUAUCUUGCUUCCUGUUUGGAAGUAAAAGUUACCUCACUGUCCUUUUUGUGUUUCAUAUCGCCAUGCCAUUUCAUAGGAUCAUCUUGCCAGAGUGCAGCUAGUAUACUACUGUAUGCUGUAGGUUCUGCCUAAAGUCUGUGUGCUGGAGAGGAGAUUUCACAGAAAUCUUUUGUGUCUGGUGUAGUUAGUUACAGUGUAAUGUUGUACUAAGUGUAGUAUUCACAUUCAUUACUUAAACUGGUUUUGGCUCUGCUGACAGAUGUAUUGUGGCACAUGUAUUAAUGGUGAACUUUUUGAUUUCUUUCCAAACUCCUUGCUUAAUUUUAUCACUACUGUCUAUGUAUUCUAUAAGGUUCUUGGGCCUCUCAAACUCAAGAAGAAAAAUGAAUGGUUCCUAUUCCUUUUUAAAGGAUUAAUUUAUUGCCUAGCCUUGGCCCUUGGAUAUGAACAAAUAUUUUGUUCUUAGUAUGUUUGGACCUUGCAUUUGAUAAAAUGAAAUGUUCUUGUAAGUUUCAAGGCAGUAAACAUUUUAUUGUUGGAUGAUUUAAUAGAUUAAAUCUCUAUGAUACUCUGAUUUGGGCACUGUAAUUAAUGGAUUUCUGCUGUUAACUACAUGAUUUAAAGCAUCACAUAACAUGUAAAUUCUAUUAUAAGACAGGUUGUUUUUAUAAUUAAAUUUAUUUUAAUUAAGACUA